AUGACUUCUCUUAACUUCUCCAAUAUUGAAACACUAACUGGUUCCAACUAUAAGAAAUGGAAGGAAGACAUGGAGAUAACUCUUGGCAUGAUGGAUUUCGAUUUAGCCUUAAGGGGAGACAAACCUGCAGCGAUAACAACUACAAGCACAGUAGAGAGAAAAACUGAAGUUUGCUCAAUGGGAGAAGUGGGAAAUAAAUUUAAGGAAUCUGAGAAAGCUGAAACAGGGAAUUUUCCCACAAAACUGGCAUCCAUGAAGUUUGAUGGUGUUGGUAACAUGAGAGAGCACAUACUGAAGAUGCUAGACAUUGCACAGAAGCUGAAUGAACUGGAGCAUCCGAUCACAGAUCAGUUUCUAGUGCAUAUGGCAUUGAAUUCCUUACCUGCACAGUAUGGCCAGUUGAAAGUGUCAUACAACACUCAGAAAGCAACCUAG